UGCGGACAGGAGAACAUGGCGGCGCUCGGACGGGUGUCCCGCCUGCUGCUCGGCACCGCCGCCCCGCGCUCCCCGCUGGCGCGCGGCAUGGCGGCGGCGGCGGCACACGAGGAGGGCGGAGCCCGCACCUGGAAGAUCCUGACGUUCGUGGUGGCUCUGCCCGGCGUGGCCGUGUGCAUGCUGAACUGCUACCUGAAGGGACGGCACGAGCACGAGCGGCCCGAGUUCGUGCCCUACCCCCACCUCCGCAUCAGGACCAAGCGUUUCCCCUGGGGUGAUGGGAAUAAAACUCUGUUUCACAACCCCCACGUUAACGCUCUCCCAACUGGUUAUGAAGAUUAAAACCAAGAGCCUGACAACAGCCAGAACUUUGUCUCUCCCCAUCUUGAACAAGAUUGUUGAGUGGGAGCCAUCAUUUUUGGGGUCAUAGUUUCAGAAACUCGGUGUUUCUUCUGUGAUGAAGCUGAAUAAUGUUGUGGCCCCCUGUGUGUACUUGUGAUGGGGUCCUUUAAAUAAACAACUCUGAACGUGAA